AUGUCUUUGGCCCCCGUGUUUCGAGAUACAUCUACGAUACUCUCUAGCAACCAAAUCGGGCUGGCCGAACAGGUGGCCAACGGCAUGUGGCGUCUGCUCGUCAGGGAGGAUAAAACUGGGGGACUCAUAAACGGCAUGUUCCUGUGCAUCGAGCUACCCGUUUUGACAGCCCCCUACGCCUACGUGAAGCCAAACCUAGGGUACAUGCUGAUUGAUUCCAUGUCCCUGUCCGUUAAGGGAGUAGAACUGGAUCGGAUGAGCGGCGUGGGGAUGCUGGUCAAAUCAGAGCUCUCUAAGCAAGCCGCACAGGCCGAUGGGGUUGCCAAUAUGCUAGACGGGGUGAGCGUGCCCGAGGUGCUUAUCGAACGCUUCGAGUGCACCCUCAGAGACGAAACUGCGGCAACUCACUGGCUCUUGCACGUUCCGCUGCCUUUUUGGUUUGCGAGAUCGACCGUCAGCAACCCGUUUCCUCUGGGCGUGCUGGCCAGGGAGGACGCGGUUUUGCAGAUCACAUUCAGGAGUAUCGCUGAAGUCAUCGUGCCAGAGCCCCCAGAAAACACCACUCUGACACCCAAAAUGUCACUCGUCACGAGCAAUCUUUACAUACCACCGGACGUUUCAAACGAGCUGCUGAGAUCGGAGAUAGACUUGACCAAGAAACAGCUCUUCCAACAGAACUUCUAUCAGAUUGAGACAGUAGAUCUCGAGCUGCCGAUACAGCGCCUGGAGAUCAUAUGCAACAGACCCGUCAGACGGAUACUGUGGACGGUCGUUGGACCCAUGAUGCCCGGAUCCGCUAUUAUGACCGGGGCUAUUGCAGUCUCAAGACUCGUAUUCGACGGCCAUGAUGUUGCAGCUACGGCACCGAAAGACCCAAACACCGGCCUUAGCACCGACGCAUUCUACUCAGAGAUCGUGCAGCCAUAUCUCUAUGGGUCCAGCAGCGGGGUGCCCGGGGUCUGCAGCCACUCGUUCGCCUUGAGCACAGCCGACAGGCCGUACAUGGGACCCAAGCUGCCCCUCUACCCAUUCUCAGCCAAGGAUGCAGACUAUGGGUCACCAUACGCGGACCAGCCGAGUGGAGCUUUCGACCUUUCGUACACACGCAAUUUUCUGGAGGUCCAGCUCAAUCCAGAGGUGGUGCCGGAGGGGAGCAGCAUACAUGUUCUGUUUGAGACAUACAACGUCCUGGAAUACACCCUGGAUGAAAUGAAAACCCUGUACAUCGAUUAA